AUGGAGAGAGCGAAUCAGCAAAGUGCUGAUGAUUGCUCUAAAGUGAAUCCCAAAGACUUCCCUAGUGCACCAGAGCAGUUCCCUGGGAUGUCUAAAAUAGGUGAAAUUCCCAACGGAAAAAAGGAGGUUCAUAUGGAAUCUACAACAAGCUUGAUCGGAACAGUGCCUCUAACGUUAGACAAUCAAAUCACUCAAGAUUCAGACGAUUUCGUGUGGCAGAAGAAUCAGCCUAGGCCAAUUGUACGAGCCACCAAUGAUCGGCAACACAAGUUCUAUCACUCACCAUCAGUGAAUGCACCAGAACAACUUGAGUUGCGACAGGUCUCUCUGCAAAAUGUCGCAGACCAGGAUAAUCACGGGAUACUGCGGCCUAGUAUUUUCGACGAUGCAUAUAUCCCGCAAUGGCACACUUCGGAAGUUGGCCGCCAUACUCUUCGCCAGCCUUACAAGGACGAUACCGCACAAUAUAAGCAUGGAAUGUCUCCUUGCAACGGCUUCAUGGCGGAUGAACCAGUCACCUGUCGAUUCCAACGCCCACCACCGGAUUCAACCAGUGACGUUACGGUACAUCAAAAUUCAGGAGUACGGUCCCCAAUACUAUACCAGCCUCCAGUAACCCGAGGCAGUGUCGACCUAGAUCCGCGGUCUUCGCGACACCUUGCAUACCAGGACAGCCAAUGGGGCGGCGGAGACGACUUUGCACCGCUAUUUCGGACAAUCCCAGUCAGCCCAAUGAGCUGGGCGGAGAGUGUUUUCCCAAGCAUUGGGCCAACACGCGGGCAGACAUGUUGUAACCCUGACUCCAGAACAAAGACGCAGUUCCUAAUGGGUCAAACGCCUGGGUUUCAUGGAUUUGGGAGCUCUGAGACUGUACUAGACUGGGGAAUGUUACCUCAUGAGUCUGAUGGCGAAUGUUCCCGAGAUAGAACCUUUGAUACGUUCGGUCUAAAACGACGGCGCGUGCCGAACGAAAUGGGGCUUUUGCAAAAUGAUGAAUCAGCCUGCUCGUGGAACUCCAACAAUGAUAUUCAUGAUAAGCGAGCCCGAUAUUUUGACCAGGAUUCGCAUACUGUUCGAAGUACCGAAGAUUUACGCCUCCUGGACGGUAUACAAGAUAGAAAAUUGAACAAACACCCAGACGUUGAGAGCGGAAGGGACUUUGACAUUCUGCAACAAGCCAAAUUUGGUCCGUCAAGGCAGACCAUCGACGCCCCGGGGCUUGUUACAAUACAUGAGUCACUGUAUGGCUCAACAUUUAAGCUGUUCUAA